CUCCCAGGUCUACCCGCGUUUCCGGCGCCCCGCCCCCUCCUGUCUCUCCCCCCGUGUGUGUCCGCAGCUGCAGGGACGGAUUCAUCAUGGCCGCCUCCAAGCCCGUGGAACCGCAAGGCGGGCCCGGGAUCCCGCACUGGAAGCUGGCCCUGGCCGUGGGGGCCCCGCUGCUGCUGGGUGCCGGGGCGGUGUACCUAUGGAGCCGGCACAGGUCCAACAAGAGGGACAGCCAGAGGAAGACACCGGAGGGAAGGGCCAGCCCGGUGCCCAGCGGAGGAGGCAGCAGCGCCAACCCGGAGGCCAAUCCCCCGCCGGAGAUGAGCCCUCUGGAAAAAGCACAAGCCGCAAAGAACAAGGGUAACAAGUAUUUUAAAGCUGGCAAAUACGAACAAGCCAUCCAGUGUUACACUGAAGCCAUCAGUCUUUGUCCAUCGGAGAAGAAAGUGGAUUUGUCUACCUUCUACCAGAACCGAGCGGCGGCGUAUGAACAGCUUCAAACAUGGAAAGAAGUGGUACAAGACUGUACAAAAGCUGUGGAACUGAAUCCUAAGUAUGUGAAGGCGCUCUUCCGGCGGGCCAAAGCACAGGAAAAACUUGACAACAAGAAGGAAUGUCUUGAAGAUGUUACCGCAGUUUGCAUCUUGGAGGGCUUCCAGAACCAGGCCAGCAUGCUGCUUGCAGAUAAAGUACUUAAGCUGCUUGGAAAAGAGAAAGCCAAAGACAAAUACAAGAACAGGGAGCCACUAAUGCCUUCACCUCAGUUCAUCAAAUCCUACUUCAGCUCUUUCACAGAUGACAUUAUCUCCCAACCACUACACAAAGGAGAGAAGUCAGAUGAAGACAAGGAUAAGGAGGGGGAGCAGGCUGUGGUAAAGGAGAAAUCCGGUUAUAUAAAAGCCAAACAAUACAUGGAAGAAGAGAAUUAUGACAAGAUCGUCAGUGAGUGCACAAAGGAAGUGGAGACUAAAGGAAAGUACACGGCAGAAGCUUUACUACUGAGGGCCACAUUCUACCUGCUGAUCGGAAACUCUGCAGCUGCUAAACCUGACCUGGAUCAGGUUAUUAGCAUGGAGGAAGCCAAUGUGAAGUUAAGAGCAAAUGCCCUGAUCAAACGAGGGAGCAUGUACAUGCAGCAACAGCAACCCCUCCUAUCAACUCAAGACUUCAACAUGGCUGCUGACAUCGACCCCCAAAACGCUGAUGUUUAUCAUCAUAGAGGACAGCUAAAAAUCCUGCUAGACCAAGUGGAUGAAGCCGUAGCAGAUUUUGAUGAAUGUAUAAGGUUGCGGCCGGAUUCUGCUCUGGCUCAAGCACAAAAAUGCUUUGCACUAGUAACCCAGCCCUACUAAGAUGCUUGGUAAAUAACUUCUACAGUAGUUCAUUGUAUUUCUCAGAUCAAAUCCGCCAUGAAAGGCUUUGAAGAUGUCAUUAAGAAAUUUCCAAAAUGUGCAGAAGGUUAUGCUCUGUAUGCCCAGGCGCUAACAGAUCAGCAGCAGUUUGGAAAGGCUGAUGAGAUGUAUGACCAGUGCAUAGAGCUAGAACCAGACAAUGCCACAACAUAUGUUCACAAAGGUUUACUUCAGCUUCAGUGGAAGCAAGAUCUAGAUAAAGGGCUAGACCUCAUCGGCAAAGCCAUUGAAAUAGACAACAAAUGUGACUUUGCCUACGAGACCAUGGGGACAAUAGAAGUUCAGAGGGGAAAUCUGGACAGAGCCAUUGAAAUGUUCAAUAAAGCCAUUAACCUGGCUAAAUCUGAAAUGGAAAUGGCCCACCUUUACUCACUAUGUGAUGCCGCAUAUGCCCAGACAGAGGUCGCCAGAAAGUACGGCUUGAAGCCACCAACACUGUAAAAUGGACUCCCAGCUGAUGAGCAAGCGAUAGCUGAGAAGUUUGUGUCCUUGAAGAAAAGUCUUUCCUAUAAGGAGAGGCACACAUCCAAAAACGUGGAAUGGCAGACCCUUGUUUCUCUGCUUGUGGUGUUGUCAUUCAUCCCUUCUGUUAGGUGUUCUUGGUAUUGUGGGACUGGGUGUCCGGGAUACUGCACCACCUCAUCCUCUGUGACUCCGCGAGGGAACAAUAAAGGCACCUUUUUGCAUGAGAACAGGAGGACACAGUUGGCUGUGCAAAUAAAACUGCCGCAUUGUGUUUCUUUCAAUUUUGUCUGGGAAUGGAUGGUUACUGUGUGAGCUAUUUUCUUUUUCUUUUUUUUUUAUAUGUAUGUGUCUGGUACUUUUUACAGUUUCAUUUUCCCGUUGAUUGCUUCAGUUCAAUCCUGUCAUGAUUUCCUUGUACAUAUGUGAUCACAAAAGGCUAAUUUCUUCCUUUUUAGUAGUAAAAAGUAACUAUAAUUUUUUUUUAAGUUAUCUGCUUUGAAAAUAAAUAGAUACUUAGCAUGCACGUGCUUUACAUUCCAUUCUGAUCAGAAGAACCUUAGUUCAUUUUAUUUGUUUGUUAGAAAGACCCGUCCGCAGCCCUGGCCUAUAUACAAUAAGGGUGAAGGAUUAUUUCAUAGCAUGCAGAUCCAGAUAUUUUGGGCUUCCUGGCAACUAUGGUGGAGCUUAUGUAAAAAGGGGGCAGUGAUGUGAAAAAUGCAGUAACCCACCGCAAGAUGAUCUCACAGACAUUUAUUUA